CAACGGCCCAAUCACAAACGGCCUCUGAUAGCCCUGGGUCAUGUGAGCGAGCAAGAUGGCGGCGCCCACGGGGAGCUCGUGAGGCGGCCUGAAGCGAUCCCGGUGAGAUCCUGCCCCCUCGCCUGGCUUUUCGGUUCCUGCAUCCUGCCAAGCCCGAACCGAAGCAGGCUCGGUCCCACAGUGUGUGGUCCCUUCCAUGGGAGACAGUUCUCCACAAACUCCCCCAACAGGAGUCCUUCCCACAGGCUGCAGUUCUCUAUGAACUCCUCCAGUGUGGGUCCUUCAGUAGCAGUGGCUGUUCCACUGGGCUCACAGGACUUCAAGAUGACAGGAAGAGAGUUUCUUGAACUAGAUUCUCCACAACAGAGACUAAUUUUGGAAAGAUUUAAGCGGAUGGAAAUCAUACAAAAGAUGUUCAAUGAGCUUCCUAAAGAAGAUCAGAACCUUUGUAAUCAUGGAAAAUACUUCCUAGCAGCAAAUUCAAGCUUAUGUGGCUUAGCAGCAAAUAAUUUCUUCAGGAGCAUCCUACAUGUCAGAAAGGCUUCCCUGGUGUCUGCUAUGCCAAUGGCUGUUAUUCCAUUUCUUUCAACAGCAGCAAUUUAUGAAGCUUUUGUGCAUGACCCUUUAUUUUCAGGUCAGCUGAACUGUGAGGUCUGUGCUGUGAUCAGAGGAGGAUUAGUAGGUGCUGUUGUGGGUGGUUUCUAUCCCAUUUUCCUGGCUAUCCCCUUGAAUGCAAGCCUUGCAGCCAGGUAUAUGUCAGCUCCCUUGCCAGGGAAAGAAAAUCUGUUACGCUACUGGCUCACAACUUCUCAGCCUGUCUUUAGAAAGAUGAGUGUGGGUAUACUGGUACAAGCUCUGACUGGAUUAUAUCUUGCCACUAAACAGCAUGGAAUAUAUAUCAAAAUGCUGCUGCAGAUGAACAGUAGCAGGGAUCCUGAAGAGCUACCUGAAUGAAGUAAAGCAACUUCUCAAUUGCCUUGGAUAAGUAACCAUAAUAAACAAGAAAAAGAA